GUAAAAGCUUUUGACUUUACCUGCAACUUUCGGGUUAUUCGGCUUCACAGCAAACACGUAACAGACCCACAAGUCCUGUUUAUUUGAAAGAGUGAGGAGGAUGUUGCUACAGAAGUAGCACCUGAAGCUUUGGCAGUAGUUCGAGACAGCGGGAAGUACCACACACAGGCUCGGUGAGGAAGAAAUGGUUGAAUAAAAUUCGCCGGGUAGGAAGAUCAGGUUUCCCAAACGAAUAAUUCACAAAAUUGGAUAUUUCCGGUUAGAGAGGAAAAGCACGUCUUAUUCAAGGAGCGCGCGACCUUCUAAGUGAUGGGUGACAACGAUAAAGUUUCCGGCUAUAGUGAUAGAAAUAUAAAAAUCAGAAAAUUAACAAGUAUAGCAAAAUCUUGGGGUAUUAAUGGUAAUCUUACAGUGAGUGAAAUUGGCUUGCAGUUAGUUGAUAGAUCUGUAACACAUCCUGUGCGGAAAAAUGUAAGCUCCAGACCAUUCUUAUUGUCUCAUUUUAUAACUUUUCAUGGAUAUUUUGACUUUUUCUCCGUGGUUUUUUUCUUUUCUGUAAAUUUUAUUAAGCUUUUAGAAGCAUUCCAUCUGCUAUAUCAACUGAAAACGCCUGAUGAAAUCUAUCCAUUAGUUAUCAUCGAGAAAAUUAUCACUUGUCUAACUUUAUCUCUUACACAUGAAUAUAAACUAGAAGCACUAAAACUACUGCUGUUAAUAGCUGAAGAGGAAAGAGGUUUACGCAAUAUACUACGACUGCAAGGUUGUGAUGCAACAAUGUGUCUGCUGUUUGAUUCUGAAGAAAUUCUGAAACCUCACUGUUUGAAUUUAUUGAUCAGGAUUUCAGAAUCUAUUAGAGGAAGCAUUGCUAUUCUUGAAUAUGCCAAUUCGCCUCAAAAACUGCUACUGCAAUUGCAAAACUCAAAAAAACUUGGCAACUUAAUACUCAAGGUAUAUUUUUGGAAAGAUAAUAAAACUUUAUGACAUUAAAAAAUAUAUUAGUUCACUAACAGCUCAUUCUAAACAGCGUGAAAGUGAAAGUGUGGUAACAGUUUGUUAUGUGCUACUAAAUAGGAGUUGUGAGUAGUAUAUUGUGGGACAAGAUGAACAUUCGUUGGACUGACGAAGAUACUGGAAGAUGCGUGUCUGAUAUCACAAAAAUGUGAACAUAUCUAAGCUCAAACCAACAAGUUGACAGAAGAGGCAGGCAGCAAAAACUGGACUUAAAGUUAACAUGUAAAAGACAGGUGAUGAAGAUAUCUAACCAACAACACGAAGCACCAAUCGCCAUCGGUGCGAGAAAUCUACAGGAAGUGGUCUCUUUCACUUAUCUAGAAAUUAUUUUUUCAACUACGAGUAACAUGGAUUAGGUUGUCAAAGCCAGCCGGAACAAGAACAGCGAAACGGACUUUCGUUACUCUGAAAUCAUUGGACAAACCUGCCAUGAUUGUAACAAGAAACAAGAUCUACAUCUUCAACACUAAUGUCCAGAAAUUUCCUCUAUAUGAUCCAGGUACUUAGCGCGUCACCAGUAGCACUUUCAACAGGCCGCAGACUUUCGUCAACAACUGUCUUAGCUCUGUCCUGAAGAUCAGGUGGCAAGAAAGCAUAGGCGCAAGGAACUUUGGCAACCAAAAACCUAUAGCGAACGGGAUUGAAUUAGACAUACUCUGAGACAACAACUCCCUGACAUCAAACUCCAAAUCCUCCAGUAGAACCGAAUGAGAAAUGAUACGUUGGAAGUUUCACUGUGAAAUGGUAAAGACCGUGUAUGGUAAAACUGGAGCUUAUGGCGAUUGUGUAGCCAGCUAAAAAAGGACUACACAGGACAGAGCUACAUAGAGAUGUGCUGUUGACGUCCUAUGGUCAACUCAGAAACGAAACUGACAAUGAUAAUAUUUUUCGAAGUCAUUUGUAAGCGGAUUCAAUACCACAUGGCCACAUUUCCCGGGGAAAAUCAAUUAUUAUUCCACCCUAUCGUUUCCAGUAUGAAAUACUCCUUCCACGCCAUAUCUCAACUCAGCCCUAUUCUCUGCGGUCUACUUUAGUUGACCCCACGGUUGCCCACACUUUCCUAUCUCCUACUCGCAUGACCUCCUCCAUGCCACCCUAGGGCUACUCACUCGUCGUUUCCCAUCCGGAUUCCACUUGAGGCCCUGGCGUGCAAGGUCAUCCGACUAUCUCCUCAAAGUAUACCCGACCCAUCUCCAUUUUUCUCCCACAUAUUUGUUGAGCGAUCGACUCUUGGUUGAUUUGUUCAUCGCCAGAGUUUCUUGUGGCUGUUUCUUUUUGACCGGUCAUUUGAUAUUCAGUGUGGAGCGAAGGCAGCUGUUGGUAAAAGUCUGUAACCUGAUGGAAAUGCUUUUCGUGACACGCAGUGCAGGUUUCUGACCCAUAUAGGAGCACUGACUGACUUCCCAUUGGUGUUUAAAAUGUGAAUCUUGUUGUUUAUGCUGAGUGCAGGAAAUUUCCGAAUUGGUUACAGAUUGAUGAAGGUGUAUCUUGCCCUUCCGAUUCUGGCUGACUUUGACAUCUUCAUACGUUCCGACCGCACUUUCUGGCCAGAUAAGUGGAGGAGGUGACCUCGGUUAAAUUUCUCCCGUUGAUGGUAACUGGUGAAGGUUUUUGCGGUUCGUUGGUUAUCUUCAUCACCUCCGUCUUCUUUAUGUUCACCUGGAGUCUUGUUGUCGCUGCUUCUUCUGAUAGUUUGUUCGUUUUCGCCUGUAAGUCUUCGAGUCUGUGUGACAUAAAUCAUCUGCUAAAUGCAGAUCUUCUAGAGUCUUUAUACUCACCCAGUGUAUUCCUGUCUUCUCACUCCCCACGCAGAGUAUGACGCCUGGUUCAAUCCACCACAAUUAGGAAUAUCAUUGGUGAUAAUAGGCG